CCUGUUACUGUAGAAUGAACUAAGACAAAAUACCAUCACAUGGAUCAUGGACAUUUUGCAGAAAUUAAUUAAUGCAGUUCUUCACACAGUGAGUAUGGAAUUUCGCUGCAGUGUUUGGAAAUUCUGUAAUUAGAGGAAAUUAAUCUUUGGCACUUUAAAUCAAAAGAAUAGUUCUUGAACCAAGAAGUGGAAGAACAUUUUUCCUCCUCACCUGACAGUAAGAGUCAUGACCCAAUUUUGCUUGGCUGCAAAUGAAUGCAAAGAAUGAUUGACUCUUGUAUGCAUCGUCUUUGGAUGGACACUUUCUUUAUUUCCUUUUGAUAAUUACAGAGGAUGUGUGUUUUGUACUUAUAGAAGGAUUAAUAAAUAUUAGAUUUCAGCAGACCAUCAAACUGGAACCUAAAGCUAAGUUAAGUCAACAGCUGCAUGAGUCAAAUUACAAAGCCGUUGGAUCCAGUGCAGCACAGAGAAGGCCUUCUUUUUUCUGCCAGAAUAAAACUUGGCCUGGCAUACAUUUUCCUAUCCAACUACAUAUUGAUAUUUAUGGCCAUUUCAUAAACAACUGGGUCAGUACAGUUGGACUUGAAGAUUUUCUACACAACCUUUGUCAACACAGAGAGACAAUGAACCUGAAGUGCAUCCAAUACUAAAUGAGCAAAGGCUGUCAUGGACAAAGUGGACAACACAGAUGAUAAUAGACCAGAAACGUCCAUGCAACAGGCGACAUUCUCCCAUACAGACUCCUCUCUGCUCCCCACCUUCCCAUUUCCCCCGGAUCCGACAAACCCGCUGACUCACCUGGGGACGCUGAUGCCAGGACAGGACGCACCGCGGACCGGCGGAUGGGAACGGAGACUUGACCCAGGCUUUCAAGGCUGUCAUCUUCUGGGUGGAGCAAGAGAGGCAAAACGGGAAGCUCAUGAAGACCAGAGUGUCACCAUCCUGCACGCCAAGGUUGCUCAGAAGUCUUAUGGCAACGAGAAAAGGUUUUUCUGCCCUCCACCUUGUGUUUAUAUAACCGGUCAUGGAUGGAGAGUCAUGCAGGAUCAUUUGAAAGCGGGAGGUUAUGGGGACUCAGUUUAUCGGAUAUGUGGUUACAUGUGUCUGGACAGCUCCAGUCAGUCACAAGCAGACACAUUCAAACUGCUCUUUGAUGAGCAACCAAACUCAAGGUUGUUUGCUUGUGCAAAGUCCCUCUUCAUCUCCGACCAGGACAAGAGGAAGCAUUUUUGCCUGCUGCUGCGACUUUUUUUAGGCAACAGACAGGAAGUGGGUUCCUUCCAAAGCAGGAUGAUCAAAGUGAUCUCCAAACCUUCCCAGAAGAGACAGUCCAUGAAGAAUGCUGACUUGUGUAUAUCCUCCUGCUCCAAAGUGGCUUUGUUCAACCGUUUACGCUCACAGACGGUCAGCACUCGUUACCUCUCAGUGGACAGAGGAGCUUUCAUAGCGAGCGCCAGACAGUGGACAGCCUUCACCAUCACCAUGGUGGAUGACCAGCGUGCUGACCAGGGUGGGAUUGUGCUGAGUGAAGGCUUCAUCUGUUAUGGUUCUGUGGUCCAGUUCAUUUGCACUGAGUCAGGAGUUUCCCUGCCACCCAUGGUUAUCCGGAAGGUCAACAAGCAGCACGCCAUCUUAGACGUGGACGAACCCGUUUCUCAGCUACACAAGUGUGCCUUUCAUUUCAGAGACAAUCCCAACGCUUAUCUGUGCCUAUUGAAUGACACCAUCAUACAGUACCAGGCUCCGUCCAGCAUCAAAGACUCCAGCAGGGUGGUUCUAAACGAUGGUUCCUGCUGGACCAUCAUUGGUGUGGAAGUGGUUGAAUUCACCUUUAAUCAGGGUUUGACCUGCAUUCAGACUCCAGUUAGUCCUUUUCCUGUUAUUAAUGGGUUAGAGGUGAAUGGUGGAGGACAUGUUGCCAUGCUGGAGAUCCAUGGAGAAAACUUCAGCCCUCACCUCAAGAUGUUGUUUGGGAACACAGAAGCUGAGACGAUGUUCAAGUCUCCCAAAUCUCUGCUCUGCGUCAUUCCUGAUGUUUCAGUUUAUAGUGACAGCUGGCGCUGCUUUCGUCGCAUUAUCACUCUUCCUUUGUCGCUCAUCAGAACUGAUGGCCUCAUUUACCGUACAUCCUACAGCUUCACCUACACCCCAGAGCUCCACCUGCCUGCAUCCUCUCGAGGAGCAGCUGGAGGCAGAGAGGGAGGGGCAGAUGGAGGCCAGGAGGAUGGAGACGACAUCCUGUUAGAGACAAUUCACCAAGAGUUCACCAGAACUAAUUUUCACCUCUUUGUGCAGAGUUAACCAGCUUGUUUACAGUCCUCAGCUGAAUUUAAUAUUAUGAAACAAAGAAACAAGGCCUACAGUCUGGUCCAGUCACAUGAAAUUACUCAUUGUAGUCCUUUGUAGACUUCUUUGUUCUUGCAGAAAUACAUUUUACAUGGGGGUGUCCAAUGAAGGGUUUAAAGAAAUAGUAAUAUUUGUUAACAUGACUCUUUCAUGACUUCUGAAGAAACCAGAGUACACAGAGAGCAACUUUACAUAGAAUUGCCAAGAAAUCAACACAGGGCCUUGUUGGUUGGAGGCUACAGUAUUUACAACCAAAGAUCAGCUGAAAAUUAACUGAUCAAACUGCCUCUAAUGAAAGGCAGAUCCAACAUAUUGCAAUUAUUUGUUUUUUAGCUACAGUGGCAUUUUGGUUCUUACUGGAAUUGGGUAAGCAGAAAACUUGGUUACACUUGGUGAGAACAUUCAGACUCUACACAAAACGGCCCCUGAGAGAACUGAACUAGAGACCCUCUAGGUGUUGGCCAAGAGCGCUGACUGUGCUACAACAGCGUUGACAGCCCGACUGACCCAAGUGUUACUUUGAGAGAUUUGUGCCUCUUGCAGAGGUUCUGUUAUGAAAGACAACAGUGCCAUGUCACCAAUGCUUCUAAUGUUAUUAAUGCCUCUUUGAUUUAUCUAGCUCAUAUCUGAUUAUUACAUUUUGGCUCUGGACUGCAGGUUGAGUGACUCAUUAUUUAGUUGUGAUCUGCUUAAAUCAGUUUUGUGCUUAUGAAAAUUAUAGCUGUUGUUUGUUAGCUUUCUAUCUGACUAGGCAGUGCAAUAAUUGGUGGAAUAAAGUUUUGUCAACAACA